UAAUCUGUGCACGGACUUCGGUAUUUAUUUGGAAUAUACUUUUAAAUUAUGGCUCAAAUGAUUAUGAAUCUCGAAUUUCUUUAAAAUGAACUUAACAAUCAACAUUUGGGUUGGUACAAAAUGUCGAAAUGUGCUCUGAGUGAAACGGUGGAAACUCUGGGUGCUUGGAUAAUUUGUAGGUCAAAAACUUACACAAAUCGACCAUAUUAUUUUAACACAUUGACUGGCCAAGCAGUAUGGAAUUUAAGCAAAGCUGAGAUCGAAAAGGCGAGAAGGGCUGAAAGGAAUAGUUUAAAAACAAAUUUUUCCGUUGAAGACUGUCCAGAGCCUGAAGGUUCACCGGAAUAUUAUUUUCCCAACACAAUGAAUCCUAACAAUAACAGAAUGAGAAAUGAGAGGCUAAGGCCCAAAGUGUAUAAUAAACAAGUUAUCAAUAAUAGGUUUACUAGGACAUCUGGUUAUUCUCCAAUGAAUACAAUUCCAAUGGGUAUACCUGUUGCAGCCGCUUUGUAUAACCCACUCAUGUGGAAUGUACCCCCUCAACAGGUAUUUCUUGGUCCUUAUUCAACUAGCCCAAAUGUUAAUUCGCAACUACCAGUGUCUGAAACGAGUGUGCCUUUAUCAAGAAGAUUUUCAAGCUACAAUGAUACUAGAAAUAUUCAGCCGACUUCAUACAUGAAAACACCAAGAAGCCAAUUUGCCAAGCCAUUCUCAGUUGAGGGAGUCUCUUUAGAUUCUAUCAAUAGAAUUAGAGAUAAUACUGAUUUAAGACAAAAACUUUUAGCCAGAAGAACUUCUAAAAGUAUUGAAACAUGUCAAGGCAGAGAUGAAGAAGCUUAUGUUCCUCCAAUGCAGCAAAAUGAAGAAACAUUAUUAAAUAUGAAAGAUGAAAAUUGGCUAGCGAAAAAUUUACAAAAAAAUCCAUAUUCUAUAGACACUCAUUCAAUAAAGGAACUUUUUAAUGUGGAAGAUAAUGGAUUUUGGUACAUUGUGACUGAUACAGUUGUCCUUUUGAGUAAUACAAAUUUUAUGAGGGUGUUACUCAAUCAUGAUAAACAAUGCAACUUGAUAUUGCCUAAAGCCGUGUUUGAGGAAAUUGAGGGUAUAUCAAAGUCAAAUCUAAACCCUCCAGCUAAUCAAGCCUUGGCCUUUAUUUCUCAAGAAAUUAUUCUAAAUCAAGCUAUAAUUGAUGAGGAGACUCUCAGUGACACAGGACUUUACGUCCAAGACGAAAUAUUAGGCUGCUGUUCGAGAUUAUCUGAGCAAGGAUUUCCAGUGAUCUUAUUAACUAAUAACGUCGAAAUACUCGAUUUGAAAGACUCUGUGACAUACCAAAUAUUAACAAUGAAAGAAUUUAAAACACAAGUUUGUCGUCCAACAGAAAGUGUAAAGAAAUAUUUACCAUUGAAUGAUACAGAGCGUAAUAUUAAAAUAACAAUUCCAAACGAACUAAAUGAGACUUCUUUAAAACAACAAACCGAAGAUGCUAUGAAUGACAAUGAAAUUGUUGAGCCCACCACCAUAUCUAGAGUGGUCUUAGAGAAAGAAACAAACAAUACUGAUGUGCCGGUGCCAUGUGAGCGAGAGAAUGAAGCGCAGAAUCAUGCUCAAUACAAUACUAUUACCAAUGUCGAAAACGAUACUCGAUUGUCUAGAAGAAAGAUAUUAAAUCGACAAAGGUCACAAGAUAGUACAAAAAGUACUUGUAGUACCACAAACAAUUUUAAAUGGCGGAGAAAAUCGAAUGCAAAUGGGAAUGUAGAUGAAUUUAAUAAACCAGAAGAAAGAAACAUUAAAGAAAUUUCUAGUCAACCCAGUGGUUCUGAUAUGAAGAAAACAAAAAACUCAGAAAUUCCUUGCCAACCUGAUAGCCCCGACAUAAACAAAACAAAUAGUCCAAAAAAAGUUACUAUAAAUGAUUCCCCUCGUGUUGCAAAUGAAGAUGAAGAUAAUGAUGUAAUAUUAAUAAAAACUGAACCAUUAUCACCUAAAUGUAAUGUCUCUAAAGACGACAAAAACGUCAUGUUCGAAAUAACUAGUCAAAGCAUGGAGGAUAACUUAAAAUUGAAAUGUGACGAAUGGGUAUCUCGAUUUAUUCAAAUAAUGGAAGAAGUGCUGACACAAGUAUUGCACAGGGAGCCAAAAUUUGUGUGUGACGCUAUGCCUCCCCCGUGGACACUGUAUGAAGCAACUGAGUGCACAAGGAAGAAAUUUCACAAUGACGGUGAUAUUGUAGACGCAGCAAAUAAACUUCGAAACAUAUUAUUUGAUAUUGGCGGAUCGAGAGGUAAAGUGAAAUUAAAUAUUAGUCCGAUGCAAUAUAUGGAAAUGUACAGCUAUGGUGUAUAUCUAACAGAUGCAUUGCAGAGCGCAAUAACUAAAUGUGAAGAUCUACAAAUUGCGGCCGAGUCGCUGUACAAGUUGCUCAGUGAUAUUCAAGAUACCAAUGCAGAUAUUAACCAUGAUUCCUUGUGUAAUAUCACCAACGAAGAAAUAGAAAAAGUAGCUGAUCAAGAUGUUGAAAAUAAUAUAAACCAAAGUAAUGAUAAACAAAACAUUGAAAAAAGUAAUGUUAAGGCUUAUCAACUUAAAGAAGUACCUGAUGUUAUAGUAAGGAAAAAAAAUCCACAAACUACAAAGAACACGACUGAGAGGUCGCCAGCUAAGAGCAAUUCAAGUAUAUUAAGUAAUGAAAUAACCUCACCAUCAAAAUACUUUCUUAGAUCAACUAGAAAGAGCACUCCUCAGAGAGAGCGUACUACAUACACUUCUAAAUGGGACUUUUUGAACAAACUGGAUUUAACUAGGACGUCGUCAUUAGAGGAUUUUGAGCCCUCCUUAGACCAGGAAGUAAGAGAUUCGAAUACCGCCAGUGCUGGAUGCCGCGAGCCCUGUCAAGAUAACCAAAGGCUAAUUCAGGGACCCAUUUUGAGCAACCAAGAGCCUUCAGACGAUAACCAGGAACACUUUUUGGACAAUCAGGGGCCAAAUACAAAUAGCCAGGAUCGGCUAGCGAAUAAUCAAGGACAAUGCCAAGAAAACGACUCGAAAAGUAAUAAUUUCUCUAACAGUGAACUUGCCCAAAGUAAUGAAAACAUUGAUAACACGCAAAGUAACAAUGUGUCUGAAGAAAAAGUUAUGCAUCCUAAAAUUAUUAGAAACUUUGUUAGAUGUAUAGAAUUCGAAGAAAAAAUAAAAAAGAACACCGAUUUCACGCAAGAUUUUGAUUUUUCGUUUAAUGAAGAUUUCGAUUUGCAAUGCGAGGUUGGGUAUUAUAAUGCAUUUGAUUACGACGACAGUCAAAACGACGAUUAUGGUUAUGAGUUCGAUGGUGACUAUGGAUAUGACGAAGAAGAAAAACAGUUUUUUGAAGAAGAAGUAAAUAACAUGAAUUGUUUAAUAAAAGAAGUGGUUACAGAGACGAAAACCGUUUUUACUUUGGUUAAAAAUUUCUGUGAAAAAUGUUGCGAACUGCUAAGUUCGUCCACUACUUUCGAUGAGACAGAUACACUUCAGGAGGCCGAAAAUGCUUCCAAAAGUCUCGAUAGUAUUUGUGAAACAUUAGACAGUAUAUUAAAACGGGAAGCUGGUACUUCAAAGAAUUCUAUAAAGGCAGUGUCCAUUAAUCCAGAAUUAAAUUGCAUUGAGAUGAGUGACGAAGAAGUUAAUAAAUACAGGGAAGUCAUCUCCAAAAGCUUAGAACAAGGAAAAUUGUUAAAAGAAACAGUCAUUAUGUUAAUAAAAGCAAUAAAAUCUAAAACAUAGCAGUGUGUGUAGGUGCAUUGUUAUAGUCAUCUGUGUGCUUGACUAAGUAAUUUCAUUAUUCAUUAUUUUUGGGCUAGCCAUUGCUACAAGUGAUCAUUUAACUCUUCUUACUGAUAAGUGAUAACAAUAUUUACACAGUAAAUAACUAUUUAGGUCUGUUUGUACUUGUCUGGCAUAUUUUAAAAUGCCGCGUUAGUUAAAAACAUCACAUUAUGAACUAGACAGCAUUUCAUACAAAGUAACAAAUAAAACAAUACAGUUAGUUUUUGUGGUGAUUCUGAUAGGUAGUUUUCUUUUUUAAACGUUUGGCAUUUUCGACAGACGUUUAACUAUAACAACGUGUAAUGUCGUGUAAUGAAUGAGUUAAGUAAAAUUUCACCCAUUAAUAUUUUGUGCUACACCAUGUAAAUAUUAAAUUAUUUUGUGUCUAUUUUUAAGUUGUACCUUUAUGUCUUUUGUAUGAAUAUUAACUACAGCGCUUUAAAUAUUCAUUUAAUUUUAUGGCUGUGGCCGAAUUGAAUGAAAAUGUUGUUCUGUAAUUUAAGUACUUAAGAUUGCAUGUAAAAUUUCCAUUAAAACUUUGUUUUUAGUACAGUCUUGGAUUGUUGUUGCAAAAUAUUCUAUCACCUGCAUGCUUAGCUUAGCUUAACUACUUAAGAAAUAUUUUGUUAAAAUAUUAUAUAUUUUCACCGUGGCGAUAUUGUUGUGCCUUAUACAGUACAAUUACACCUAAACCUAAAUUAUUGAAUAAGGAAUUCAGAUUAUUUCUCCUGUACUCAAUUUAAGGUUAAUUAACAACUUUCCAAAUAUUAUGUAUACUUAGGUU